UUGUUUGACUGUAGAUCCCCCCGUCAGUUUAAGUUCUCUCUCACCAACAAAACACGGUAGUCCAGUCCAGCGGCCCAUCUCCCCCACCCUCUCUGUGUUUCGCUCUCGCUUGCUCGAUUCGCGCUCUCACGGAAGCUCAGAGACGAUCAAUCUCCAAUGGGGAGCGGCUUCGCCCUUUCAGGACUUCAGCUUCAACCGAACCAUCUUCUCUUCUCGUCGCGCAACUUCACCACUCUUCUCCCUGCUUCCUUCACAAACAGCCGACACCUGCCCCUCCUCAAGCUACAGAAUCAACCGUCUCUCAUUUCUUCUUGUGUUCAAGUGAAUUCCACCGUAUCUCAAGGAACAGCAUUAUCUGAUAUUUGUAGCACUGAAACAUAUGAAUUGGCUGAUAUAAAUUGGGAUGAUCUUGGAUUUGGUCUUGUGCCAACUGAUUAUAUGUAUGUCACCAAAUGCUCCAAGAAUGGGAAAUUUUCAAAAGGUGAUUUGCAGCGUUUUGGGAACAUUGAGUUGAGCCCAUCAUCUGGUGUCUUAAACUAUGGGCAGGGAUUAUUUGAAGGUUUGAAGGCAUACAGGAAACAAGAUGGUUCUAUUUUACUAUUUCGCCCAGAAGAAAAUGCAUUGCGAAUGAGAACAGGUGCAGAGCGUAUGUGCAUGCCUGCCCCAACAGUUGAACAGUUUGUGGAAGCUGUAAAGAUGACUGUGUUGGCAAACAAACGUUGGGUUCCUCCUCCAGGUAAAGGUUCUUUAUACAUCCGACCAUUGCUUAUGGGAAGUGGGGCUGUUCUUGGUCUGGCACCAGCUCCUGAAUAUACCUUUCUAAUUUACGUUUCUCCUGUUGGGAACUAUUUCAAGGAAGGUUUGGCACCGAUAAAUUUGGUUGUUGAGAAUGAAUUUCACCGUGCAACUCCUGGUGGAACUGGAGGCAUAAAGACUAUAGGAAAUUAUGCUUCGGUUUUGAAAGCACAGAGUGCAGCUAAAGCUAAAGGAUAUUCUGAUGUUCUAUAUCUUGAUUCUGUGCACAAGAAGUAUCUGGAGGAGGUUUCCUCUUGUAAUGUCUUUGUUGUGAAGGGUACAACAAUCUCUACUCCAGCAAUAAAGGGGACCAUUCUUCCUGGCAUUACGCGAAAAAGUAUAAUUGAUGUUGCUUGUAACCUAGGGUUCCAGGUUGAAGAGAGACUUGUAUCAGUGGACGAGUUGCUUGAUGCUGAUGAAGUUUUCUGUACUGGAACAGCAGUGGUUGUGUCACCUGUUGGAAGUAUAACUUACCUAGGUGAAAGGGUAUCCUAUGGAAAGACCGGAGUUGGUGCUGUAUCGCAGCAACUCUUUUCCUCACUGACAAGUUUACAGAUGGGGCUUGCAGAGGAUAAGCUGGGCUGGACUGUAGAGUUAAGUUGACUAUGGAUUUCAAAUUAUGCAGAAGUCUCCUGAAGUCAUCUUCCAUGGAUGGUAAGGAUUUUCCAGUUAUUUUAUUUAAUCCAGUCUGUGAAUAGCUUUUUGGAUUGGUUUCCUAAGUAGUAUUUGUAUUGUCAUUGAAUUCAUAAAUUAUUUAUAGAACAGAAAGGAGUCAAAAGACGGGAUCUUGGAUUCAUUUAUUCUUUCGCAAUGCGAAUUUACACCUUAAGCAAAUGAACUCAAUCACA